GCACCUCCAUUCACACGAAUGUCUGGCUCCGACCACGACUGGGGGGGCGCCGCGGCCUCCGCCCCUGCCGACCCCUCCUCCCCCCAAGCCUCCUCCCCUCCCCCUCCGAGCCUCGUUCUCGAGGACGACGGCGGACAGAUGCUGGAGGGGGACCUCGGCGACGCCCCGACCUGCGCCCGGUUCCUCGACCGCCUCACCAAGGAGCAAUACUACAGCAGCAGCAGGUUCGCCAUCGGCUACUCGGAGCUGCAGGCGCGCUGGAGCGGGGAGGCCUGCGACGGGGCAGAGGGGGGGGAGUGCCCCUCCCCCUGGGACUCCUCCUCCAGCUCCCCCUCCCUGGCGGCCAGGAAGCAGUCCCUCGCGCUCGCCCUCGAGGACGCGGCGCAGGACAACCUUCUCGCUCCGGGCGCCCGUCGGUUCUCCCGCCGCUGGUCCUCGUCCGUCGGGGCCUCCCCCCUCGGCACGCCCUCGCCCCUGCUCUCCGCGCCCCCCUCCCCCGUGCCCUCGCCCUCCGAGCGCCCCUCCGCCUCCUCCCCCGACUGCGUCUCCAGCUCCGGAUGCUGCACGGGGAGCAACGACAGCCUCGGAAGCGGGGCCAGCGUGUCCUCCGGCGCGUCCUCGGCCCGCAGGCGCCGCAGCGGCCUCCUGGACACCCUCAGGCGGCUCUUCGGGGGCAAGAGGGCGGCCGGGACCACGAACCUGCCGCGGUCGGCGUCGGAGAAACAGAUUUCCGUCCUGGAAGCUGAACUGGAGACCUACAGACAGCUGAGCGAAGCCAAGCGCCAGGCGGCCGACCUCCUCAAGCACCAGCUGAUGGAGGUUCUAUACGAGAAAGUCGUGACGGAAGUCGAGGAGAAGCACAGGAGGAGACACUUGGAGGAGGAGAUCAUGAGACUCGAGUUCCAACUCCAUCUCUUGAGGGCCACCACUGAGGACAACAUCAGGUCCCUCUCCACGCAGCUGCAGAGUCUACUUUCAGAGAGAGCGGCCCUAAAACGACAGCUGUCAGUCCACCACCUGCAAACCGAGCCCGAAUCUCCUCUUGACCCAGGCCCCUCUAACUUCCCCGAGCCCAGCCAGUCUCUCACGCAGGAUAACAUCGAGCUGAGUUCCAUCUCCCGCACCCCUUCCCAGUAAACCAGAGAAUGACUCAGCAGUAUAUUCAACAGAGGCCCUUCCCGCCGAAUAUAUUUAUAAAGAAAGGCCGGAACACACGAAAAAGACGUUGGUGAAGGUUACUGAUCAAUAGUUAAAACAGAUAAACGUGUUAGACAUCAAGGUCAUAUAGCAAUAAGGUAAAGCAUAAUAGCGAAAAGGGUUAGGAAGAAAUUAACGAUUAGGGUAAAGUUUGAGGUUAAACAGUACUAGAGAGCAAUAUUAAAAAGGCUAGAGAGGUGGGGGUGGGGGUGUCUGUUUGUCUAUUUGUUAGUCAUUAUCAUCCCUGUAAAAUUUGAGUAAUUUUUUCUUCUAUACAGGAUGGGAAAGCGUAACAUCUAUAAUGGCUAUUGUGUUUUCUUAUUCAGAAUUCGGAAUACAAUGAUGUCCAUAUAACAUUUUUUAAAGUUAUUUUCAAAUUCAUAUAGAAACAACUGCUUUGUAAUUUUAGACAUGUGAUUCAAUCCCAUUUAUACAUUUUAUUCGUUCUCAUACCUCUGGAAAUAACUUCCAUUGUUGCAUUUCUAGAAGUUGAAACAUAACAUCCCAGACUGCAAAAAAAAAAAAAAAUCAUGUACCGGGAAAAUCCCCCAAAAAAAUCUAAUAGCGAUCAACGUAAUAUUUUUACUUUAUUUCCUCUAUACCACCCAUAAAAGAUCCAAAAUAAAAAAAUAAAUAAAAUAACUAAAAUCAUGUCUCAGUAAAUUUACACGCUUAUUAUCACCACUAAGAACUUUAACGAAAAUUUACGGAAUUUACGAAACUAUUCAUGGGCGGAAUCAUCCACGUGCAUGACAGUUUUUUUUCCAGUCUGGAUGACACCAGCGUGACUUUCCCCUCUCCAAAACGGCAUUCCAUACUUAUCUUAGAAUAACACACCUUUUGUAGCUGGCACUACACUUUUUGGCAUUCUAAAUUUGUUUGAAGUUCUAUCUACCAUAUCUGUAGCAGGUUCUACACUGUUGAUGUGUUAGUAAACAAUCUGCCAAGC